AUGGCGGCUGCGGGACGGCAGGAGCGCUCACAACGCCGCCGAGACCCCAGCCAGCUCCGCCAGCAUCGGGCGGAGGCCACCGAGACGCUGGGACCCGGGGAGGAGGAGGAGCAGCAGCCGCCGCAGCCGGGGGCUAAGGGCCGGGACCGCCCAUUCCCCUUCUCCCGGCUCGGCUGGGCGACGCUGCGGAGGGAGGGGAGGCGGGGUGCGGCCCGGGGAGGCCGGCCGCCCGGCCGGGGGGAGGGGUGGCGGCGGCGGCGGGGCGCGGCCCGCAGGCCCUGCCCGGGGAGGGGGCACCGCCGCCCCGCUCCUCUCCGAGCGGCGAAGGGGACGCCGCGGGGUCGGGGAGCGGCGGGAAGACGGCCCCGAGCCCCGGGUUCAGCCAGCGGCCGCCUCCGGUCCCGCCGAGGCGCGGCGGGGCGGGGGGGGGGAACGGGGGGACGGACGGGACGGGACGCGGAGCCCCCGGCCCCUUCAGUCAGGGAGCGCCGCCGCCGCCUGCGGAGGGAGGUGCCCGCCCGGCUCGCCCGCCCCGCUAACGCUACGUCUCAUUGGGGGACAGGAGUGUCGGUCAACACCCCCCCCUCUUCCGAUUGGAGAAGCCGACGCGUGAGGCGGGGGCCGCAGCCUGAGGCUCGGCUGCCCCUGGGAGCUGCUCCCGAGCGGCUUCGGCCUGUAAUGGCGGCAGCCGACGUCCAGCCUCUACCUGGAGAGCGGCCAGGGGCCUCUGCUGCAGCACGUGCUCGUUUUCCGCGAUCUUAUCCUUCGAUUGUAGUUUGGGACUUUGCAGCAGCUCAUUCCACGUAUAAAAUACUGCUGUAAUUCACGACUCUCCCCACAGGAUGUCAUCAUUGCCCCACAAGAAGCCAGUCAGACCAGCGUGAUGAAGACAAACAACUCAACCCUGAGCCCCCCCAUACUCUGUAGGUCUGAUUUUCGGAACAGCUGAGUACUCAGGACUCCCGCUGGAAUCAACAGAUGCUAAGCUGCCUUCAAAUCAGACCCUAUGUAACUGUGAAGUGCCCAGAUUUGUAUUUUGUGAUUAGCUCGUGCCCCACUAGCUUUGUCUGUGCCCUACUUGAGGUGCUCUUCAGACUUCUGAGGGUUUAAGGGGUUUUGGCAGAGAAUUCAAACGACUAUGAACUCCAACUCCUGCAAUAAGCCUGCUUCGUCUGUAAGUGAGAGUGAAAUUAUGGCAUACAAUAAACUAAUGAAACAAAUCAGUUGCCAGACGUCCUUAGCUCUCUAUGCAUUCAUCCAUGAAAGCAGCUUUCAACAGCUCACAUCUAAUUGUCAAAAGGAAAAGGUCCACCCCUCCCUCUUUCCCCCGCAGCACUGUUGUUCCUCAUCUAAUCAUUCAGAAGCUGUUCUAAAACCGGGACAAAACAGAAUUUUGUUUACUACCGCAGAUCUGCAGCAAUAUGCCUUCUGUUGCUCUGCUGAGGGACUGGCCAGAACCUCACAAAUGUAUGUGAUGAUCCCUGUUGGUGUUUCUGCAGAUGCUUUGUUACGAGCAUAAGCAAUAGGUGUAGGCACCCCAGUAAAAGCUUAUGAGAGGCUUGUACUCAGUCUCAAUGCCUUCUCUGUCUCCAUUUCCUUAUUAUUUGCCCGGUUCCAUGCUUCAAGAUUUGCAGUUCAUCUCCCUGCUUUGGGCUUAGACUGAAAUUAAAACAAUUUAUA